ACUCUCAUUUGCUCUCUUUUGUUGAAUUCCUUGAAAGUUGCAACGAUGCCGAACCCUAAGGUCUACUUCGACAUGACCAUCGGAGGCCAACCGGCCGGUCGCAUAGUGAUGGAGCUGUACGCCGACACGACCCCUCGCACCGCCGAGAAUUUCCGCGCCCUUUGCACCGGCGAGAAGGGCGUGGGCCGCAGCGGCAAGCCCCUCCACUACAAGGGCUCCGCCUUCCACCGCGUCAUUCCCAACUUCAUGUGCCAGGGCGGUGACUUCACCGCCGGAAACGGCACCGGUGGCGAGUCCAUCUACGGAUCGAAGUUCGCGGACGAGAACUUCAUAAAGAAGCACACGGGUCCCGGCAUUCUAUCGAUGGCGAACGCGGGACCUGGCACGAACGGGUCUCAGUUCUUCAUCUGCACCGUUAAGACGGAGUGGCUCGACGGAAAGCACGUGGUUUUCGGGCAGGUGGUGGAGGGCCUUGACGUCGUGAAGGACAUCGAGAAGGUGGGUUCCAGCUCCGGUAAGACCUCCAAGCCCGUUGUUGUUGCUGACUCCGGACAACUCUCCUAGACAUGGUGAUCCACACGGUGUUGGAUUAUUGGUGGGUAUGGAUGAUGACUGAUGAUGCUGCUUCUCUUCUCUCAGUGGAAUCCUGUUGAGAUCUUUAUGUUUUCUGAUUUUAAUUUGGAGUUUGUACGCUGGACUCUUCUCAUCAUAAAAAUCAUGCUAGCUACUGCUACCUUAAAUAAAGUUAGUAUUAAUAAUCCAUUGCCCUCGUUAUUUUCUUCUUAA